UUUGUUACUGUCAGCAGUCCGAGGAAGCUCCGACGCGUUUUGUUGGGUUCAGUCGCUCCAAGCAAGGAAUUGUCAGAGGAAAACCAUGUCUGUCCAGGACCAGAAGUUUGAAGCUCCUAAUUUCCUCCGUGUCGACGUCGUGCUGAACCGCGCGGAGCUCUUCAGAAACGAGUGCAAGAGGCUCAUCUUGGAGACAGAGAAAGCAUGCAGACGCAUGCAGAGUGAUGACAGCAAACGUCUUGAUCAGCGGGUCAGAGACAUCCAGUUUCUGAAGAAGGAGUUGGAGCUGAAGCUGGAGGAGAUUGUUCCAGAGAUCGAUGUCCUUGUAGACUUACAAAGCAGAGUGAGGAAGGCCCUGGAGCUGAACCAGGAGGCGCUGAGAGUCACCGUUCUCUGUCUGGACGACAGGAGGAGACGGGCUCCUUCUGAAAGGAUGCCUGAUGAGGUGAACACCGAGCUGCUGAAAGAGUGGGAGACCUACGAGGAAGUGGCAUCUCUACUUCAAAGUGUGCAAGAGCAGAUCUCUGAGCAGAUACGACUGAACAGGUCUGCCAAGUACCAUUUAGAACGGGAUCUGAGGGAGAAGUUCGAAGCUCAAAACAUCGAUAACUCCUGUGCCUUGAUGACCGUCCAUUCCAUCCAUAACCUGCAGAUGUCCAAGCAAAACACAGCUGGACUGGGAAGCUUGGCAGUCACUCCAAAGCAGUGGGAGAACAUUUCAGAUCUGACCAUGGCCAAGGCGGAGCAACAGAAGAGCAACUCUUUGUCCCUGCGGGCCCUGGUGGAGUCUGUGCUCGCGCAGACAGCCACUGACAUGCAGAAGCAGUUCAAGGCUACCACAGAGGCGCUUCAGCUCCACAUUCAGCAGAUCAAGUCUACCAAGAGCCUACAGGAAGAGAAGCUGCCCAAGAUCUUGUCCGAGAUCAACAGCCAGCAGAAGAUCAGAGAGGAUCUCCAAGCAGCCAUUGCAGAGAACGAACAUUUCCUGACUCUGGCCCAGUCCCGGCUGGCCCUGCGCCAACAGAGGCCUGGCAAAGAGCAGUGCCACGACCCAGCACAGGCCCAGCUCCUCGCUGAGGUCCAGCAACUCACUGCUCACAUCAACAAACUGCGUGAGGAAGUGGCCCAGUCUGAGGAGGAGCAGAGGGCGCUGGCUCGCUGCCAGCUGGAUCUGAAGGAGAGCAUUGACACCAAGGCCAACUCUCUCUACAUUGAUGAGGUCAUCUGCAUGCAGCACAGGGAGCCCAUCAUCAUACGCAACUUCUGACCAAUCAGCGGCAGGAAGAUGUUCAAGCUGUGUAUUCAUCAGGCAUGUAAAAGAUGGAAUAUAAAAUAAAUACGGUUAUAUUAAAUAGCAGCCUUUCCUUUACCCUGUGCCUUACAGACCUUCAUCUAACUGAAGCUUUUGUGUCAGGACACUGCCUGGAAAAAGUAGUUCUGUCCUUUGAACUUCAACUUCUGUGUGUUUUAAGUGACGGACCAACACAAACUAUGAGAUGAAUGGGAAGUGAACUGAUAUGAUACAAGGUUGUU